AUGGGAGAUGGAGGAAAAACCGAAGAAAGUGCUCGAAACAAUCAAACCACCGAAAAUGCGCUAAAAGAAUUCGUGGAGAGUACAUCGAAUGGAAUUUCCGAAGAGGAUUCAGACGAUGAGGAGAAAAUGAUACAUUUGGAUCUUCGGAGACUAAACUUGACCCAGAAUACUCAGACGGAGCCAUCUAGUUUCGAUUAUGACGAUGAAGUAGAGGAUGAGGAUGAUGAUGCUCAAUCAGAUACAGAUAACACUAUUGUAGUUAUGCCUGGAUCUGUGUUGGCCCACUAUCUCACUGAUCUAUUAACCAAGCCCGUUAUCUGUUUGAAAGUAGACAUAUAUCUCAUUUCCUGUAAAAGUUACCAAAAAGUGAUAUACUUACAAAAUGUGGGGAGACAUGAAAAAAAAAUAAUGUCCUCGAAAUUCCUUUUAAAUGUGCCCCUCGAGCCGACUGUUCGCUUUUCGGCAGUCCGCGCCCGCCAGACGGCUUUCUGUGUUCUUCAAUAA